AUGACUGAUAGCAACGAGGAUAAACUCAUCUCGAACGAAACUGAUGCACAAAGUGAACGAACUCGACAGAAAAUCAACCAAUGGCUAAACAAACCCAUGCGUGUUUCAAUCGUUGACGGACGUGUACUUAUUGGUGUUUUACUCUGCACUGAUCGUGAUCAAAAUCUUAUCUUAGGGAAUUGUAACGAAUAUAUCGGUUCACCAAGUGAACAAGAAGAAUUUCGUGCACUCGGCCUUGCUCUGAUACCUGGUCAACACAUUCAAUCGAUUUAUAUUGACGAAGGCUCAUCAUCGACAACUCCACAUUCAUCCAAUCCAUCUCAUACGUCUAUCACAACAACAACUAAGGAUCAUAUUGUAGAUGACGAUAAGAGUGAUGAUUAA